GCACAGGAUCCUCCAGCCAGGCGGCAUGCCGCUCACUGCUCCGACAGCUCAGCUGCAUGACUGGAGAGGCGCUACCAUCGAUGACCUUCAGCUCUCGCCGGCAUUCUGUCUCAAGCCGGACGAGCCGGUGCAAGAUGCCCUACAAUCUGCUAUGAUGCGCGACUUCAACAUCCUGCCUGUCAUCACGCCGAGCCGCUCGUUGCUCGGCUUUCUGGAUGUCGCCGCCUUGCGUGAUACGUCGAAUGGACUCGUCAAGGACCACAUGUCUCGCUUCCAGCGCACACGCGAUUACACUCUCAUUACGCCCUCGACCGAGCUCGAAGAACUGGAGGCAUUCUUCGUAGUACACGCGUUUGCCAUCGUCACAGAUAUCGAGCGCAAAUUCGUGCUCGGCGUAGUCACGCGAGAAGACCUGAAGCAAUUUGGCGAGCGGUGGCUAGGCAAGCCGACUGCUUGAUCCGGACGCAGGAUAUGCUUGUUGUAACAUCGCUGCAGGAGCCUACAACAACAUGGGCGGCCGGUUCGGGGUCUACUGCGAGAGCUGAUGGAUCCGGACAAUGCCAUCGUCACCCCCGCUGAGAAUGCGUCCGUGAGGCAGAGCGACGCAGACAUGAAUGACAUCCGUAUGCCCUGUGGAUUCGUUGACCAGCUGACCCGUCCGGACGUCCCAGGUUUUCAGACUCGCCGAGGUUGAUCCUGUUGUGAGGUAGGGCGUGCCAGCGUGAUGUGCUACGGUUGAUAUUGCAGGCUUGUGAUCGCCUCGCCACCGUAAAGCACCGGUCGAAGCUUCCCAGACGCGCAGGUACCCAUCACUGCCGGCAGAGUACCACAGACCUCCUGCGCC